GGUUCCGCUGAGGCGUGGUAGGAAGUGGCUGCCGUCAAUCAAGCGGGGAGACUCCAAACAGUGAGCCUAGAGCUGGAGAACAGCGUUAACCGGCGGGGCGGCCGGUUUUAUGAAUGAAGCUAUGGCUACAGAUUCCCCAAGAAGACCCAGUCGUUGUACUGGUGGAGUUGUGGUUCGUCCCCAGGCUGUCACAGAGCAGUCCUACAUGGAAAGUGUUGUGACUUUUCUGCAGGAUGUUGUGCCACAGGCUUACAGUGGAACACCUCUAACAGAAGAAAAGGAGAAAAUAGUCUGGGUCAGAUUCGAAAAUGCAGAUUUAAAUGAUACAUCAAGAAAUCUGGAAUUUCAUGAAAUACAUAGCACUGGGAAUGAACCGCCUUUGCUGAUUAUGAUUGGCUACAGCGAUGGAAUGCAGGUCUGGAGUGUCCCUAUCAGUGGGGAAGCACAAGAGCUCUUCUCUGUUCGACAUGGCCCAAUUCGAGCGGCUAGAAUCUUGCCUGCUCCACAGUUUGGUGCUCAAAAAUGUGAUAACUUUGCUGAAAAAAGACCCCUCCUUGGUGUUUGUAAGAGCAUUGGAUCUUCUGGCACAAGCCCACCGUACUGUUGUGUGGAUCUGUAUUCACUUCGUACUGGGGAGAUGGUCAAGUCCAUUCAAUUUAAGACCCCUAUUUAUGAUCUCCAUUGCAAUAAACGGAUCCUUGUUGUAGUCUUGCAGGAGAAAAUUGCUGCCUUUGAUAGCUGUACUUUCACGAAGAAAUUCUUUGUUACAAGCUGCUAUCCAUGUCCAGGGCCAAACAUGAAUCCUAUUGCUCUUGGGAGCCGCUGGCUUGCUUAUGCAGAAAACAAGUUGAUUCGAUGUCAUCAGUCCCGUGGUGGAGCCUGUGGAGACAACAUUCAGUCUUAUACUGCCACAGUCAUUAGUGCUGCUAAAACACUGAAAAGUGGCCUGACAAUGGUGGGGAAAGUGGUGACUCAGCUGACAGGCACGCUACCUUCAGGUGUGACAGAAGAUGACGUUGCCAUCCACAGUAAUUCGCGACGGAGUCCUUUGGUCCCAGGCAUCAUCACAGUUAUUGACACCGAAACUGUUGGAGAGGGCCAGGUGCUUGUGAGUGAGGAUUCUGACAGUGAUGGCAUUGUGGCCCACUUCCCUGCCCAUGAGAAGCCAGUGUGCUGCAUGGCUUUUAAUACAAGUGGAAUGCUUCUAGUCACAACAGACACCCUUGGCCAUGACUUUCAUGUCUUCCAAAUUCUGACUCAUCCUUGGUCCUCAUCACAAUGUGCUGUCCACCAUCUGUAUACUCUUCACAGGGGAGAAACUGAAGCCAAAGUACAAGACAUCUGCUUCAGCCAUGACUGUCGCUGGGUUGUGGUCAGUACUCUCCGGGGUACUUCCCACGUUUUCCCCAUCAACCCUUAUGGUGGCCAGCCUUGUGUUCGUACACAUAUGUCACCACGAGUAGUGAAUCGCAUGAGCCGUUUCCAGAAAAGUGCUGGACUGGAAGAGAUUGAACAAGAACUGACGUCUAAGCAAGGAGGUCGCUGUAGCCCUGUUCCAGGUCUAUCAAGCAGCCCUUCUGGGUCACCCUUGCAUGGAAAACUGAACAGCCAAGACUCCUAUAACAAUUUUACCAACAACAACCCUGGCAACCCUCGACUCUCUCCUCUCCCCAGCUUGAUGGUAGUGAUGCCUCUUGCACAAAUCAAGCAGCCAAUGACAUUGGGGACCAUCACCAAACGAACAGGGCCUUAUCUCUUUGGAGCGGGGUGUUUUUCCAUAAAAGCUCCAUGCAAAGUUAAACCUCCUCCACAAAUUUCACCCAGCAAAUCGAUGGGCGGAGAAUUUUGUGUGGCUGCUAUCUUCGGAACAUCCAGGUCAUGGUUUGCAAAUAAUGCAGGUCUGAAAAGAGAAAAAGAUCAGUCCAAACAAGUUGUAGUUGAGUCCCUGUACAUUAUCAGUUGCUAUGGCACCUUAGUGGAGCACAUGAUGGAGCCGCGGCCCCUCAGCACUGCCCCCAAGAUUAGUGACGACACGCCACUGGAAAUGAUGACAUCGCCUCGAGCCAGCUGGACUCUGGUUAGAACCCCUCAAUGGAAUGAAUUGCAGCCACCAUUUAAUGCAAACCAUCCUCUGCUCCUCGCUGCAGAUGCAGUACAGUAUUAUCAGUUCCUGCUUGCUGGCCUGGUUCCCCCUGGAAGUCCUGGACCCAUUACUCGACAUGGGUCUUAUGACAGUUUAGCUUCUGACCAUAGUGGACAGGAAGAUGAAGAAUGGCUUUCCCAGGUUGAAAUUGUAACACACACUGGACCCCACAGACGUCUGUGGAUGGGUCCACAGUUCCAGUUCAAAACCAUCCAUCCCUCAGGCCAAACCACAGUCAUCUCAUCCAGUUCAUCUGUGUUGCAGUCUCAUGGUCCGAGUGACACGCCGCAGCCUCUUUUGGAUUUUGAUACAGAUGAUCUUGAUCUCAACAGUCUCAGGAUCCAGCCAGUCCGCUCUGACCCAGUCAGCAUGCCAGGGUCAUCCCGUCCAGUCUCUGAUCGAAGGGGAGUUUCCACAGUGAUUGAUGCUGCCUCAGCUCCCUGAAUGGUUCUGACACAUAAUAGACACUCAACAAAUGUUAAUGAAUUCGACAUUUCAUCAUGGAACAUUGAAACCAAGUUCUUGCAUUUGCCUGGAAACAGUAAUUACCUCUUCAAAGAGAAACUGUGUGGCUAGGGAGCAGAAGUGACAAGGAGACCAUCUUUCCACUAGAGUCCUUUACAACACGGCCAUACGCUAUCCAUGCAAGCAUAAAUUAAACUCUGUUUUUAACAACAUACUUUUUAGAUUUUUUUUCAACAAUUGACGAUGCUGAGGUUAAGAGAUUUAAAUAACUUGUCUACUGUCACAGAGCUAGCAGAUGGUAGAGCAAAGGUGUGAAUCUGUGAAACCUUCACUUUUUCCAGGAUCUUGAACAGCAUCUCUCAGCCAACCUUGAUUUCAUUCAUAUAAUCAUCAGGGCGUGUAUGUGACCUGGGGACUAUUUAUAUUUAUUCUUUUUAUCAUACACUGUUGUAUCAUAGAGGACACAAAAUGCAUCACCUCCACCCUGGAAUGGCACCUCUAUUUUAAGAGAACACUGGCAAAACCUCUUCAAUGAGAUUUUGAUGAUGGAAGACUGUUACAAUCAAGGCUCUCCUAACUAUACCUGCAUCUCACAGACACUACCUUUAAGUAGUGAACAGUUAUUUUCAGCUAGGAAGGCCACUGUCAAUCAGGUAAUGGUUUCUUAAGCUGAAAAAGGCUUUCCACUUAAGAAUGGUGAUUGGCCAAGGUCACAUCCCCUUUCCAUCUACUUACGGGAAAAUUCAAAAUAAAGGAAUACCAGUGUUUGAAACUCACAAUUCACUCUAUAGUGAGCGGUGGAGGACUGCAAGGUAAUCAAGGUGAUUAUAUUUCCCUUAGAAAUGUUGUUAACUGUUUUUUCAAAAUACGGAUUAAAGCUUAAAACAUACCCAAAAUACACUGAUUCUAAAUGGACCUGACGCCUUGAUCUUCAAUCAUGGACUAACAUAUGAGUGGGGAUUCCCAACGGACCAUUGUACACUACAAUAUUUAUUACUAUAAAGAUCUAAGAGCUCUUAGCCACUUUUAAACUUAUAAGAGCUGUUCAGCUCUCAUCCUCUUGACUUGUGGUUUCACAUUUUAAAAUUCUGGUUUGUUUUGUGUGAUGUAUUCAGAAGUACCUCCCUACCUCGAUUUCAGAAUAAUAUUUGGCUUUUUAAGAAAUUUAAGGAAGUGCAGAUAUGAAAGUGUACCCAUUGAUGCGUGGGGACUGCAGUGCCUUUAACUGGCUCGUCUUUGGCCUCUGUUUAUUCAUCUGCAAAAUGGUAACUAGGUUUUGCCUUCUAGUUCGUUGAUAUGAUAAAAAUACUAAUAAAUUGAAAGGCUGUGGGAUGAUACCUUUAUCAGUUCCUUCUAUGGAUGGUGUAAUUUUCACUGUAGUUUACUUUAGCAUAUAUGGUCUCAAGAAUAAAAAUAAGAAAUUACUAAGGAACCUCCUGAAUGCAAUACUAUUAACAUUCACAAAAAUAGCUAUAUGCAAAUUAGUAGAUGUCCUUAGCUGAGAUAAAACUAUUCUGAGGUUGUGAUCAUGAAAAUUAACAUAAGCUGAUAUAAUUUUGAAUUGUAUGCAUCUGUUUUCAUGAAGGAAACCUAUUUGGAGAGGUUUAUUCUUGAAAAGUUAUGGAAUUAAAAGUUAAAUGGGAUACUUAACGUCUGUAUUUAACUCUUGAAUUAUAUGCAGCUCAUAGAGUUUCUCUCCUAUAUGCAUAUUAAAUUGUAUAUAAUGAACUAUUAGUGGUUUUAGGUAACAUUUGGUUGCUGAAUAUACUAUGCUAAGCAUUUCACAUGCAUUAUCACCUGUAUUCAUAAAAUAUUAUGAGGUAAAAGCACUGUUACAAUUUCCAUUUUUUCAGAAGAAGGUGUGAUUCAGAGAAAUUAAGUACUGUAUACUACGUAGCUCCCACCUUUGACACUGUCAUCUGAAUUUUUUUUGUCAUGAACAUGUUUUACGUAGCUCGUUGUUAAAGUCCAUUUUUGAGAAAUUUUUUGAAUAGACGUGUGUAAUGCAAGUGCAUGAACUUUGUGGUUAGGUGUAGAGAGUAUAGGAACAUCUGUCUCUGCUGUUGUAAAAAUUAAUAGAUACAACAUUUGUAAAUCUUCUGGCCAUAGUUCAGGUACAUAACAAGGACUCAUUAAAUGUCAGUUGUCACCACCUUACCUUCUUUCCAUAAAAUAUUUCCUUUUUGUCUGUCCCAAAGUUUUAGUUUUACUCUUCAUGUGUAUUAUAAUGUAUGAUGAGCAUCCUAAGAAGAUAGGUUAUACUAUUGUCCCCAUUUUACAGUCGAGCAAACAGACUGAAAUGUGAUAGGUUCCAGGUUGAAUUCCCAUAGCAGUCUGAUUCCAGAGCCUGUGUUUUUAGCUAUAAUGUGCUUUGGUAUGAAGAUAUGUUCCAAUAACAGAUUAUAUUCUGAUAUUUCAGAGAAGAAUCUAAAUCCUAGAAAUCAUUCUCUUAUACCCGCAUCCCUGCCAUUCAGUUUUUCCCAUCUUAGGUUAUGCUGGUGUAACAGUGUGUCUCCUAAUCCUCAGUUGACUCUUGUAGUAAGUUUGUAUAUUAAAUGCUCAAACACCCUUCUUAUUCUAAAAUCUGUGAUCCUCUGUCAUUUGGAUACAUUUGCAGUAGUCUGAGGCAGCUCUGAGAAUCCUUUAAGGGAAAAAGUAUUCAUCACUGUGGCUUUAGUAAGGAGUAUGUUGACAUUUUUACUCUUUAACUCCAGGAACUCCUACUGACCUGAAAUUAACCAGUUCAUGGAGGUUUUUGGCUGGGACUAAGGAAUGAAAUUAACUCCCUAAGUCCCCUCUUCUUAAAAAAAAGAACCUCAAAAUACUGCUGCCCAAAUGGAUUUAACUUUAGUUAUAUAUUUUUUUACAUGCAAAUAUGUUUUGCUCAGCCUAAAAAGGCAAAGAAAAGCUAUUUGGUUUGCAGAGGAACAGAUGACUGUCCUGAGCAUGUCAGACUGACUGUUUAUAUGUGUUUUUCACUCCGUCUUACUCUUUGUCUUUCAUGUUCUUUUUUCUGUUUCAGUUUGUCCUGUUUCUGUCUCUCCCUCACAGCAACUAUCUUCCUAUUUUGAUAAUCCUGUUUCAUCUCUAUAAGGAAAAGGCUCUCUCGAGGAUGCAGAAAAUGUUACUAUUUUUAUAACAGUCCCUAAAUACAGAAAAGAUUUUAACUUGGCUAUAAAACUUUGUUCUUGGCAUAAAUUUGGCAGAUAGUCUUUCGCCUGGGUGAGACUUUUCACUGGGAUCCUGGAAGUGUUGGGACGUCACUGCCCUCCACUCUUGCUUCUCCAAGUAUGACAUUAGUGGUUUUAGCUCUUGUUGACCCAUCUUUAAACCAAAGCUUUAUAGCCUAUUAGAAGCACAGUGUGGAUUUUUCUUAUGAUAUGUUGGAAUAAAAGAAAAAACUUUUCUAAAGUUACAAAUGGUUUCGUUUACCAAAAUGACUAUUUCACUUGGAAAGUUUUGUCUUUUCUGUAAAAAUUCCAGGAGUUGGGUGGGCUUGAUGUCCUCUCUCCCAUUCCACCUCCCCACCCACAGACUCAUGUCAGCAAAGAUGCUGAGAGGUUUAUUCCAGUGUUUUAGGAGGAAAGACCUUGACCAAGGAGUAACUAAGACAUAUUUUUCUGCUUUUAUUUUUUAAAAACUUUUUUUUAAAAAAGCAGAUCUCUAUGACUUUUUCAUCUUGUAUAACUGUAUAAAGAAACUUUUCCAAUUGAAAUUAAAGUAAGGAAAUACCACAGGAUGGCUUUAAAGUGUUUGUUUCAUUGUAGAACAUAGGGCAAAUGCCUUGGAACAUCAGUAGUUACUAUUUGAGGCAGCCUUUGGGGAUUGAGAUAUAUGCCUUUCAGAUCUGCACUUCAUCUCAUACUUCAUCAUUUAUUGGAUCAAAUAGCAGUGUCAUUUACUUAGGAUCUGUGUCAACACCCUGAGCUCCAAACUGGGUAUCACAUGUCACCUUGUGAGAGAUCCUCUGCGUUACCCCCAUCAAUUCUGCUUCAUUAAAGGACUGGUCAUCUUAAAGAUGGUCAUCUUAAAGCUUUAAAGAAAUGAAAAAUAUUUUCCCUCUCCAUAAAAAAAUACUUACAACUUUACAACAUUUUACUUACUUUGCCCAGCCCUGGAGCACAGCAUUCUUAAAAGUAAGCCCAGUAAACCUAAGUGUUGGAUGGUUCUGCAAGUAAACACUGCAAAAAAAGAUUUCCUGGUGGAAGUAAGUAGUGUCUUUUGCUAGGAUACCAGGUUGUUUAAUAAAACUAGGAAUAGCUGAGGGUAGGAAAAGUCAUGAGGCUUUUUCUCAUCACAAGCUGUGUAAUACAUACUUCAGGUAACCUCCGUGGGUUUCCUUACUGCUAUUGGCUCAGCUGUGGCUUUUUAUGGAACCAUAUCUACAUUUCCAUCUCUUUCAUCCCUCCCUUUUUAUGAGAAUAAAAAGUGAAUUGGGUGCUAUUUAAAUAUACCCUACUUACAUUUAUUGAAAACUACCCUGCCGCAGGGCACAGCACAUUGGAAAACUGCCUUGUACCAGCCCAGUUUUCCACUCAGGUGGUUUACCCCAAAACCUGGCCUUUGCUUUCCUCAGACCUUUAAUUUCUUUAAACUAAGUGAUCACAGAAAAACCUAGGAGGAGCUAGUUUCAUUUGUGAGGUUUUCAAUAAAACUUAAGUGGAAUGCGGCUAGAAAAACAGACCCAUGAAAGGCCAUGACUACUAUGCUGACACUAGAGGAAAAACCCACAGAAUUUUUUUUUUUUAAUUUUUUUGAGACGGAGUUUCGCUCUUGUUGCCUAGACUGGAGU